CUUGUUUUCGCGUCCAGGAGGGAGGGGAUGAGCUCGUCUCUUGCACGUGGGUGGCCUCGCUCGUAUGCGAUGUCACUGCCCCGUCGCUGUGCACUUUUCCGCGCAGGCGAGGAGACGAGAAGUAGAACAAUGCGGGAAACGUGUACGAGGAAGCGGCGUACCCGUGACCGCCGGGACAGCCCCAACCUGUUGCCGUCGCCCGUGCCGCCCCGAGAGCAGCGGCUGCAGUUAAUUGCGUGCACUGCGCCACGUGCCGCCUUGCCCUUGGGAUGCGCAUUCGUCGCAAGGGCAGUGAUUGGCCGUUCCAAAAUCGGUGGGCCAAGUGGACACGGUCGGUGUGCUACAGUAAACGUACUGCGUGCGUACGCAGAGAAAAUGUACGUAGAUGUACGUGGAGGGGAAAAAAUGGCUGUGGCUUAGGUAAGGUUAAGCCCAGGAUGCGAAGCAUACUAGCCUUUAUUUUAGUUGUUGAACCACUGUUUAGCCUGGUGAACUGCUGUUGCUUGGCUAUAUUUGGUUCGGCUAGACGAAGAAACAACUCAUGCAUUACUUCUUCGCCUUCAAGAGUGGAACGCGACAGCGUUCCCGUCGACCCGCCAAGGGGUGUAAGACAAUGGGCUACAGGGCAGCGACUACGCGCCCCGCAUUGGACGCGGUGAGCGUCGAGCAAAGCAGCGUUCGGCGCGGCAACGAAAUGUGCGCCUGAGCAAGAGACGCACGCCUUAGAAACAGCGCGUUUCUAAGGCAACACCGCAUUCACUAGAGGCGCUUUUGUACCGCUUUGAAGCGUUGUACUCGUGGCUCAGUGGAUUCCACUUCCGGCUACCGUUCGGUACGGACGUCGAAUGUCGCGCUCCGUAGGGGCGGUGUUUGCGGCUAUGCCAAGCCGCGGAAACAGGAUGCCUGCGUCCGUUGAACAGGAAUACCAUGUUGUUUUGCCACCACUGCCUACAGGUUCGUGUGUUUUAAACACAGUUUUUCUUCAUGGUGACGUGAAAGCGAGGCCAUUCCGUGUCGAAGAUUUUCGCGACACGCUGGCUCAUCUGAAAUUGCUCCCCGAGGUGGUCGCCUUGGGGGCUUUCCAGAUGAACCACGUCUGGGCGGUGACGUUCGAGAGUGCAGAGGCGACAAAGAAAAUGCUGAAGUAUACGGAAGUUCAAGUCAAGGAACGACGAUGUCUGGUUGUGGAUCCACACAACCGAGAUGUCCGGGUUAAACUCCACUGGUUGCUGCACAAUGUGCACGACGAAGACGUACACGCGGCGUUUGCUCCAUACGGGAAAGUCAACGACGUCCAGAAAGAGCAAUGGCGUGUACCAGGCAUCACGGACAAAGGGUCGUCUAUGCGUACAGUGACCCUCAAGCUGAAGCCAGGUGUGACACGUGAUGAUCUACCGCAUCAGCUACGAGUAGCAGGCAUAAUGGCGCUAGUGGUCGUGCCAGGUCGUGCUCCACUGUGUCUUCGGUGCAACCGUACGGGGCACAUCAGGCGCGAGUGCCGCGUGCCACGUUGCUCUGUGUGUCAACGCUUCGGCCACGAAGAAAGUCAGUGCGUGCGCACGUAUGCAAACGUUGCGGGACCAUCGAGAAGUGAGGAAGUCGUCAACGAGCACCUCAUGGACGAAGUCGACGCAGAGGAAAGUGCUAGUGCGUCGAGACCAUCUCUGGCGCCACUUUCAAAGAAAGACCCAGCCAUAAAUUCCACGAAACGAGAUGUAGAUCAGGUUGCGAGUGAAGCCAUACCGACAUCUGGAAAGACAACAUCAGCUAAGGACGCUGAAACAAGUAAUGACGCAAGUACAAGCAAGCAACCCUCCGUAGCAACGAGUGAGGACGAUUCAAGCGUAAUGGACACUACGGAAACCAGCAAAGCAGCGGCAGCGGCCAAAAGAACGCACGAAGAAAGUACCGGCGAAGAGCAGAAUGCGAGCACUCAAAGUGUGGGCGAACCACCUGUGAAGACAGCAACUGGUCGGAGGCCAACCUUUAGACCAACGCCAACCAUACCGCCGGACAGAAAGGCGGCGGCGACGCAGCGGACUUAACUGGUCGUGCGUUCGCGUGUUUUUGCC